AUGAAGCCUGUCUCGUAUCAUCUCCUCCUCCUCCUUCUCUCGCUAACCGCCAUAGCUGUGCCGACGAGCAUCUCCGCCACGAAGAUCGGAAUCACCAUCUCGUCUCCAGCUUCCAUCUCCGGUUCUGUUCCGAUAUCGCCAGAAAGAAUCGUCGCCAAGGUUGUUUCCAUGAAGAUUAAGGCGGUGAGGCUCCUCGAGCCAAAUCCGGCGAUGAUGCGCGCCUUCGCGAACACCAACGUCUCUCUCUUCCUCUCCAUUCCAAAUCCUCUGGUUCCUCUCCUCGCUUCAGAUCGCUCCUUCGCGUUGCGUUGGGUGUAUCGCGAAGUGCUUCCUUUCCAUCCUCGCACCAAAAUCUCAGUGAUCUCCGUCGGAAACGACGUGAUUUCAUCAUAUUCGCCGGAUGCUCGUCCGCCGUUGUUUCUACUCCCGGCGAUGCAGAAUGUUCAGAGGUCUCUCGCGCAUCUGAGAAUGGACAAGAUAUCUGUAUCCACGACCUUCUCUUUCACCAACACAAUCCCAAUGGCUUUUCCUCCUUCGUCGGCUCGAUUCCAACAACCUAACGGGGAGCUGAUUAUCAAGCCGAUUUUGAAAUUCCUCGAAAGAACCAACUCAUCUUUCAUAAUCAAUCUGCAUCCCUACCAGAUUUACCGAUCCAGCUUCUUGAUUCCACUCGGAUUCGCUCUUUUUGGAAACUCCCCUUUAUAUUUCAGAGACGAUCUUAAGAGCGGAGUUAGGUACGAUAAUCUCUUUGAUAUGAUGGUCGAUGCUGUGAUUAGCUCGAUGGCCGCCAUGGGGCACAAGAAUCUACCGUUGAUUGUGGCGGCGACUGGUUGGCCUAGCUCGGGAAUCAAUGCCAGUGAAGUGGAUGCGACAUUGCUCUACAGUGAAAUGUUCUUGGAAGCAUUGAUAACUCGCUUGAGAUACGGGCGUGGAAGAAGGUUGAGGAAAGAAGGUGUUUCAGAGGUUUACAUCUUUGAGCUUGUUGACACGAAGCAAGGGGUUCUAAAUUGGGGACUUGUGAAUGACGAUAUGACCAACAAGUAUCGCUCUGGCCUCCCUGGAGACAACACCAACACCAACUUACAACGCCUUGAACUCAUACUUGUAUUAGCGGUGGGAGCUUGCGUCUUAAUAGUCUUCAUAUUUGUGGCUCACAAAUUCAGGUACUAUCUGAUUCUUCUCUUUGGUUGUUUGGAAUUGGCUCACUUUGUUGGUUAUUGGCUUAGGUUCACAUAG